AUGAUGGAGAUGCUGGCCCAGCACGCUGAUGACCUAGAUGCAGAUGACCUCCAGCUGGACCUUGAGGAAUCAAAGCUGCACCCCACUAUUCAGUGCACACCGAGCCCCGGUCCUUUCAAGCCUUGUGAUCACUUGUUUGAGAGCUGGAUCAUCCGCCUGGGAGUCUGGGUCAUUGUCCUGGUCUCAGUGCUCUGCAAUGGGCUGGUCAUUCUGGCCGUCUUUGCCUCUCCCAGCUACCUCUCUCCACUUAAGUUUAUCAUCGGUUCCAUAGCUGGAGCCAACAUGCUGACUGGCAUUUACUGCAGUAUGCUGGCUCUUGUCGAUGCCCUGACCUACGGCCAGUUUGCCAAGUACGGUGCCAGGUGGGAGACCGGCGCAGGCUGCAGGGUGACAGGGUUCCUGUCAGUGUUUGCCUCCGAAUCUGCCAUCUUUCUGUUGACAUUGGCUGCCGUGCAGUGCAGCAUUUCAAUUUCCUGUGUGCAGGCCUAUGGAAAGUCACCCUCCUUAGGCAAGGUCAAGGCUGCUGCCUUUUGCUGCCUCUUGCUGUCCUCUGUGGCUGCCAUUCUGCCUCUCUUCUCCAUUGGGGAAUAUGGAGUAUCCCCUCUCUGCCUCCCAUAUCCCAUCCCGGACGGGAAACACGCUACCCUGGGCUUCACUGUGGCCUUGGUGAUGACAAACAUGCUCUGCUUCCUGACUAUCACGGGCACCUACAUUCGACUCUACUGCAACCUGCUGAAGGGGGAGUUCAGCGCUGUCUGGGACUGUGCCAUGGUCAAGCAUGUGGCCUGGCUGAUCUUCACCAACUGUCUCCUCUACUGCCCGGUGGCCUUCCUCACCUUCUCCUCUACACUCAACCUGUUCCUCAUCACCCCAGAGGUUAUCAAAUCUGUCCUCCUUGUGGUCCUGCCCUUGCCCGCCUGCAUGAAUCCCUUGCUCUACCUGCUCUUCAACCCCCACUUCAAAGAUGACCUCCGCCUCCUGAGGCAGAAGGGCCAGGACAAGGGGAGAUACUCCCAGUCCUGCGGGGUUGAUGAGAUGGAAAAAAGUUCCUAUGACUCCACCCAGGCUCUGGUGAGCUUCUCUGACAUUGAUCACAUAUUUGAGACAUCUGAUUCAAUGGGAGUGCACCCUAUCCUUGACAGCUACAGUUUUCCCUCCAUGACACUUGUACCCUGCCAACAAAGAGUGGGCAUCAGGGGGAAGGAGAGGGGCUUCUCUGAGCAUUGUCCCUGCCUCAAUGACAGUGAGGUGCUGAUUGCUUCAGAGAGUCGAGACCCACCUGGCAGCAGCCUCCGGAUAGCCUUCUUCCCCUCCCCUCCCACACCACCCUACACAUCUCACUUAUAA